GACAUGUCUUGCAAAUAAGGAGUGUCAUUUCGUGUAGGCCAGCAAACAUAAAGGUACUAAUUAAGUGUAAUUAAGGCAAACUUGAGGAGAAGUCGUCACAAUUUAUCCUUUUCUUGAUGACAGUUAUACAUGUAUAACAUAUGAUUCUAUUGCAUUUUUAAACCACUCACCUCUUAAGUUCUUAACUCUAUCUCCAAUUCCUUCUUAUUCCACUGUCCCCUCCUCUCAAAACUUAUUUCCACAUGGGAGAAACUCAAGAAGUGCAACCCUCCCCUGAAACUUGUUUAACCAUCCACUUGGGAGAAACACAAGAAGUGCAACUCAGCAAAAUUGAAGCUAAUGGAACUGGAGAAACAAAUUCCUUGGAGGAUAAUAGUUUUGGUGGUCAAAUGAAUGAGUCAACAAUGAGUAAGAAAAAAAGAUAUUACCGUUGGCUCAGAAUAACCAUCCAUUCAGUACUCAUGUUAAUGUGUGGAUCAGCGGCAACACUCCUUGGAAGAUUGUACUAUGACAAAGGAGGAAAGAGCAAAUGGAUAGGAACACUUGUUCAACUUGCUGGCUUUCCUAUACUGCUUCCUUUUUACUUCAUUUCAGCAUCCAAAAAUGUCACCACAAAUAGCAUUCAUCCAAAUCAGCCAUCGGCUUCAAUGCUAGCAUUUAUCUAUGUCUCCAUUGGCCUACUUGUGGCAUUAGAUUGCUAUUUAUAUUCAGUUGGGCUAUGGUACCUCCCUGUGUCAACCUUUUCACUCAUUUGCUCAUCUCAGUUGGCUUUCAAUGCUUUCUUCUCAUACUUCCUCAACUCACACAAGUUCACACCUUACAUAAUCAACUCCCUAGUCCUUCUCACCAUUUCCUCCACCCUCCUUGUGUUCCAAAAUGAGUCAUCAGAUUCCACACAAGUCUCCAAGAAAAAGUUUCUGAUUGGAUUCAUAUGCACAGUUGGUGCAUCUGCAGGGUAUGGACUCUGGCUUUCCCUCACACAGCUUGUGUUCAAUAAGGUUAUGAAAAGGGAAACAUUCAAAGUGGUGAUGGAUAUGAUCAUAUACACAAGCCUUGUAUCUACCAUUGCCACUAUAGUGGGACUUUUUGCUAGUGGAGAGUGGAGUGGUUUGAAGAAUGAAAUGGAGGGGUAUGAAAUGGGAAAGGCUUCUUAUUUUCUGAACCUCACUUUCACAGCCAUACUUUGGCAACUCUUCACUGUCGGUUGUAUAGGGCUUAUUCUUGAGGUUUCUUCACUCUUCUCUAAUGCCAUAAGCGUUUUGGGAGUGCCUGUUGUUCCAAUGUUAGCAGUGGUAUUCUUUCAUGACAAAAUGAAUGGUGUUAAAGUUAUGUCUAUGGUGCUAGCCAUUUGGGGGAUUAUAUCAUAUGUUUAUCAACAGUACCUGAAUGAUACCAAAUCCGAAAACAGAAAUAUUGUUGUUCCAAAAGCUUCUUCACCCAUAGAAGAGGCUCAUAGAUGAAUCGGGUAGGCUUUUAAGUCAUCAAUUUGAGACUUAGUAACACGUUAUGUCUGUUUUUAUUACAACACUUUUACACGUGUCAAGAUAAAUCAUAGCUUAUGUUUAUGUCAUACAUUACCAUUUGAAUUUUUUGCAUCAAUCUUAUUUGUCUGUUUAUAUUUA